UCUAUUCUGUAGUGCCUUGAGCCGGUCGUUUCCAGUCGUGGCCAAGCUCAUGGGCGGCCCCAAGAGCUCCAAGGGGAGCGAGAAUUCUGACAGGUAUUCAAGGCAUGGAUGGGGCGAUUGGUCCUGGAGUUGGGGAAGCUCAUGGGCGGACGGUUCUUCGGGCCGCUGGCCCGAGGAGAACUGGAGGGACAGCCGCGCCUCGCGCGGCUCGCAGAACUGGAGGGAGGGCUCGGUUCGGUCCAAGUGGCCUUCCGGAGGCGCAAAGAGCUCGGGGGAUACCGCGGAGUGCGCCAACUGGAGGGAUCCCAAGGCUGACUGGCCCGGGGUAAAGGAGGCGAAGGAUACGGCAGACUCUUCUGCGAAUUGGAGGGGCUCAGCCGCAAAAGGAGAGCCACCUUCUUCCCGGACCCAAGUGAGCAAAGGAGCAAGCAAGGAGGAAGCAAGCAAAGUAGCUCAGGAAGUAGCUCAGGACCAGACAGAGUACGAGACUGCUGUCAAAUCCAUUAGCAAGAGACAGAUGGAAGACUCCCCGAAAGGCAAGGGCAAGAAAGGCAAGUCCAAGAGCAAGGCCCAAGCGGCUGAGGAUGAAGAGGAUGAGAAUGUGUCUGGUGAAAACGUAGAUGACCGCGCGACUGCUGUCCAUUCCAUUGGCAAGGGACACAUGGAAGACUCCCCGAAAGGCAAGGGCAAGAAGGGCAAGUCCAAGAGCAAGGCUCAAGCGGCUGAGGAUGAAGAGGAUGAGAAUGAGUCUGAUGAAAACGUAGAUGCCGAGGACGAUGAGCUUGGUUCGCAGGAUGAGGCUGAGGAGGAGGAGGAAGAGGAAGAAGAGGAGCAGGACGAGGAACAGGAAGAGGAAGAGGAAGAGGAUGCCAACGAUGAGCUGGAUGAAGAUCAGCUGGACGAUGAGAAGGAUGAUUUCGAAGCAGCUGAUGCUGGAGUGGUUGACGCGGACGAAGGCGUCGAUGAGGGUGCUGACGGCGCUGAGGAGAGCCAGCGAGCCUGCAGACCGGAAGUGGAUGACGAGCAGGAAGCGGACAAAGAGCAUGAAGCGGACGAAGAACAGGAAGUGGAUGAAGAGCGGGCAGAUCUAGAGAUGCGAGAAGAAGAUGAGGAGCAGGAAGUAGAUGAAGAGCAGGACGAGCGAGAGAUGCAAGAAGGUGAGGAGCAGGAAGAGGAGGAGCAGGAAGAAGAUGAUGAGCAAGAAGCGGAGGAAGAGGAGGAAGAGGAGGAAGAGCAGGAAGAGCAAGAAGAGGAGGAAGAGGAGGUGGAGGAAGAUGCAGAAGACGAGGAAGACGAGGACGAAGAUGACGAUGAAGACUUGACUGCUCCGAAGGGGAAGGGCAAAACGAAGGGAAAGGGCAAGGGGAAACUCAUGAGCAAGUCGAGAGCUUAUGAUGAAGAUGAAGAUGAAGAUGAUGACGAUGAAAGCGAUGAAGAGGAUGAAGCAUCAUCACCGCCAAAAGGAAAGAGCAAAGGCAAAGCAAAAGGAAAGGGGAAGGGCAAGGUCGUGGACGACGACGACGACGAAGACGAAGACGAAGACGAAGACGAGGAAGAAGGAAAUGUGGCGCCAAAGGGCAAAGGAGGCGGAGGCGGAGGCAAGGGAAAAGGCAAAAGUGGCAAGGGCAAGAGCAAGGGAAAGAGAUGACUGGGCAUGUGUACAGGGAGCCCCCGCUUGACACGCGGAUCAAACCAGGAGAAAGGUCGCCUUUGC